AUGUACUCAGGCAAGGGCAAGGCUCCCGACAGGAGUGGACGAGAAGCUGGCAAUAGUCAGCGAGGCAACUUUGCCAGGUACGGUCGAGGAGGAUUGAACAACCAAGGCUCACAGAACCACUUCGCCACAGCUGGCCAGGGCAAACCAACUACGGCGGGACCAUUCGGCACGUUCAGCGGCGGCUCCGAGGGCCAGACGAGUGGACGUGGGCGUGGAGGAGGAUUCAACAAUCAAGGCUCGCAGAAUCAUUCCGUAGCAGCUGGCCAGGGCCAACCAUACACCACAGGACAAUCCGACACACUCAGUGGCCCUUCGACGGGACAAUUCAACGGACGCGGGCGUGGAGGCGGCUUUCACGGUGGCUCACCAUCAUCGCGGUCUAGGGCAGAACAGCUCACCGUCAAUUUGGGCGCCCUCACGCCGGGAGCAGCUGUGGCUAUCGAUUGCGAGGGUGUGGUUCUCCAUGCCUACCAAGGUAGUGCAAAGAAAGGCUGCGGUCGAUUCUCUGUGGUUGCGGAAGACGGAACUAUCAUCUACGAUACGUUCUGCUAUUACCCACGAGAAGCCGAGGGCCGCCCACCACUACAGCGCUGCAACCUGGGCGUGAAGUACAAGGACAUCAUCCCCAGCCGUGGUGCGCAGCCGAUUGCAGAGGUCGUCCUGGUUGCAACUCAAAUCUUCAACCGUGCUGGCGUUAUCGUCGGCCAUGCGAUCAAGAACGAGCUCGACAUGCUCAGCGACGUCGACUGGUCCGGCUACGUGCUGCGCGACACCCAAGUCGAGUACGGCGGAGGACUCGAGAAUGCGGCGAAAUACAACCUCGGCCAACACGAUCUUCAGACGAACGGACAUUCGAGUGUCGAGGACGCGAAAGCGACGAUGAAGUUGUACCUACUUCGUCGCUCGAACAUGGACGCCACUCAGACUGAUCGGGGCCGCAAGAAGGACCUGACGGUUGCUGCCGAACCCAUCAUGCCGACCGUCCCGAUCACGACCACGACUCCAGUCGUUCCGUCAGGCGCCUUUGACACCCUCUCUAUCAGCACGGCUUCGAAGGAUCGCGAGCCCGAGCAGGUGGCCUCGCUUUCAUCAACCACUCGCGCCACGGCCAACUCGCAAGGUUUGGCGGUCGUAGGGACUGCUCGCCCGCCGACGGAGCCGCCGAAGAAGACCUGGGCCUCAGUUGUGGCGUCGGGUAAGGCCGUCUCGAAGGAAAGCAGGAGAAUGUGGUAG